AUGAGCGGAGGCGGAGGCGGACGAGGCGGAGGCGGGUGGGGAAUAAUCAGCCCUGACUGACAACAACAACAACAACGCCUGGCGGUUCCACAGCCCGGUCUCCAAAGCGCCUCCUCGCAUGCUCUUCUGCCGGAAGCUCACAACGACCCUGUGAGUUUGGAAAAGCAGCAGCAUUGGCGACCUUUGAGGCCUGUAACUUCAAGCCGUCUGCAAUGAGCUUGAUUCUCUGUGCGCCAGCAAAAGGAGGCCUUUGAAGAGGGUGCCGUUCGGAGUGACCGUGAACCAUGUUUGUCUACAGGUGAUCGCUGCUGGGCCCUUCUUAGCUGCACAGAGCGCGUCCUUCGGACAGCGGCCUGUCAAAAUGUUCAGCGCGGCCCAGUUGUCCAAGGCCCAGUUCCUUGACAAAGCGCGCCAGGCUCGCGAGGAGCGCCGGGGGCUGAAGGAGCGUGACCGUGCCGCCGUGCAGAUCCAAGCCCUCGUCCGGAGGUUUCUGUGCCGCUGUCGGCUCCAGAGAGAGAUCAGGAAAGAAGUGGACGAAUUUUUGGAUGCCAGUGGCCCUGGCAAAAAGACGGCCCUCUCGAUCUUCAGGGCCUCCCGGAAGCUGCUCUACGUUUUCAGGUUGCAAGAGGACAAAGAGAGGUUUCAAAAGUUAUGCCGCUGUAUCCUUAACAGUAUGGACGCUGAGAACGAGCCUAAGGUGUGGUACGUGUCGCUGGCACUUUCGAAAGAGCUGACGCUGCUGUGGAUCAAGCAGGUCAAGGACGUGCUGUGGCUGGGCUGCGAAUUUCUGAAGCUGCUCAAGCCAGACAUGUUGCAAGAUUCAAAGCUGGUGAAUUUGCACCUCACGAUGCUGGUGACCUUCACAGACACUUCCACGUGGAAAAUCCUGCGGGGGAAAGGAGAAACCUUGCGGCCGGCCAUGAACCACAUCUGUGCAAAUAUCAUGGGACAUCUCAAUCAAAAGGGAUUUUAUUCUGUGCUCCAGAUUUUGCUGACAAACGGCCUGGCACGAUCCAGACCUUCCUUCUCCAAAGGCACUUUAACCGCCGCCUUUUCUCUUGCGUUGCGCCCGGUGGUGGUGGCUCAGUUUUCCGACAAUCUCUUGCGGUCCUUCUUGAUCCACAUCAUGUCGGUACCAGCGAUAGUGACUCACCUCGCAACGCUUACACCUGAGCGUCUGGCGGUGAUAGAAUCGCACGACCUCCUGCGCAAAUUUAUCCUGUUCUUGAGCCGUGAAGAACAGUGUAGAGACGUCUGCGUGUGUUUGGAGGGAAGCCACACCCUUUGUCUUCUGGGCAACCUGGUCUACUUGGGGUCCCUGAACGACAAGGUGCUGGAGGAGGAGACGGCCCACUUUGUGAGUGUGCUGAUCCAGAUGCUCUCGUACUGCCAGAGGUACGUCUCGCAGAAGAAGUCCAACCUCACCCACUGGCACCCGGUGCUCGGCUGGUUCUCCCAGACGGUGGAUUACGGCUUGAACGAGUCGAUGCCCCUGCUCACCAAACAGCUGCAGCACCUCUGGGGGGUCCACCUCAUCCGCAUCCUCUUCAGCGACGUCCUCAGCAAGAAGCUAACGGAGAACCACGAAGCCUCUCGCCCGCCGGGGCCCUCCACCUCGCCCCAGAACAGCCUGCCCAUGAAGAACCUUUUCAAGCGCGCCUUCCAGAAGUCCGCCUCCGUCCGCAACAUCCUGAAGCCCGUCGGCGGCAAGAGGGUGGAUUCGGCGGAGGUGCAGAAGGUCUGCAGCAUCUGCGUCCUGUACCAGAUGGCGCUCACCACCCUGACCCAGAUCCGGUUGCAGAUCCUCACCGGUCUGACCUACUUGGACGAUCUCCUUCCUAAGCUCUGGGCCUUCAUCUGUGAACUGGGCCCCCAGGGGGGCUUGAAACUCUUCCUGGAGUGCUUGAACAACGACACGGAGGAGUCCAAGCGGCUGCUGGCCAUGCUGACGCUCUUCUGCGACUGCUCCCGUCACCUCAUCACGAUUCUCGACGACAUCGAAGUCUACGAAGAGCAGGUCUCGUUCAAGCUGGAAGAGCUCGUCACCAUCUCGUCUUUCCUGAACUCCUUUGUGUUUAAGAUGAUCUGGGAUGGGAUUGUGGAAAACGCCAAAGGAGAGACCCUGGAGCUCUUCCAUUCGGUCCACGGCUGGCUGAUGGUGCUGUACGAACGGGACUGCCGCCGGCGUUUCGCUCCGGACGACCAUUGGCUGCGCAAGGACCUCAAGCCGAGUCUGCUCUUCCAGGAGCUCGACAAAGACCGGAAGCGGGCCCAGCUGGUGCUGCAGUACAUCCCCCACGUCAUCCCCCACAAAAACAGGGUUCUUCUUUUCCGGAACAUGGUGACGAAAGAGAAGGAGAAACUCGGGUUGGUGGAGACCACUUCUGCGUCGCCUCACGUCACCCACAUCACCAUCCGCCGGUCGCGCAUGCUGGAGGACGGAUACGAACAGCUGCGCCAGUUGUCGCAGAACGCGAUGAAGGGCGUCAUCCGGGUGAAGUUUGUGAACGACCUGGGAGUGGAUGAAGCUGGCAUAGACCAAGACGGUGUCUUCAAGGAGUUCCUGGAGGAGAUCAUCAAGAAGGUCUUUGACCCGGCGCUCAACCUCUUUAAGACCACCAGCGGCGACGAGAGGCUGUACCCGUCCCCCACGUCUUACAUCCACGAGAACUACCUCCAGCUCUUCGAGUUUGUCGGGAAGAUGCUUGGCAAAGCUGUUUACGAGGGGAUCGUCGUGGACGUUCCAUUUGCGACGUUUUUCCUGAGCCAGCUCCUGGGACACCACCACAGCGUCUUCUACAGCUCCGUGGACGAACUCCCCUCCCUGGAUUCCGAGUUCUACAAAAACCUGACCUCCAUCAAGCGUUACGACGGAGAUACCAGCGAUCUGGGCCUGACCCUCUCCUAUGAUGAAGACGUCAUGGGCCAGCUUGUUUGCCAUGAGCUUAUUCCUGGAGGGAAGACCAUCCCUGUUACCAAUGAAAACAAGAUCAGCUACAUCCACCUCAUGGCUCACUUCCGCAUGCACACCCAGAUCAAGAGCCAGACGGCCGCCCUCAUCAGCGGCUUCCGGUCCAUCAUCAAGCCCGAGUGGAUCCGUGUCUUCUCCGCCCCUGAGCUGCAGCGGCUGAUAUCUGGCGACAACGCCGAGAUCGACUUGGAAGAUCUGAAGAAACACACCGUGUACUACGGCGGCUUCCACGGCAGCCACAGGGUCAUCCUUUGGCUCUGGGACAUCCUCGCCAACGAUUUCAGCCCUGACGAAAGAGCCAUGUUCCUCAAGUUCGUUACCAGCUGCUCGCGGCCGCCGCUCUUGGGCUUUGCCUACCUCAAGCCUCCUUUCUCCAUCCGCUGCGUGGAGGUUUCCGACGACCAGGACACCGGGGACACGCUGGGCAGCGUCCUGAGGGGCUUCUUCACCAUCCGGAAGAAGGAGCCCGGCGGGCGCCUGCCCACCUCCUCGACCUGCUUUAACCUCCUGAAGCUGCCGAACUACAGCAAGAAGAGCGUCCUGAGGGAAAAGCUUCGCUACGCCAUCAGCAUGAACACCGGCUUCGAGCUCUCGUAGCCCAGGGCUCCCCUUCCUUCCUUCCUUUUUUUGAGCUGGAGGCGCCGUCUUGGCCUGCCAGGUGGGCUUUUCCCAGGACCUUGGAAAGACGCAGCGGGAAAUGGCUCCAGGCUCCGAGACGGAACUUUCUGGAACUCUUACUUUGCCCUCACCCUCCCGUGGGAAGGAGGCCGGCUCCGGCCCUGCCCUCCUGUUCUCUGACAAGCAGCUGGCCUGCCAUUAAACGGAGCAUCAAGCGCGCAGCCUGUGAAGUGACCCCUUCGGGGGGGGGGGGCGCUGAGGGGGGGCGUUACCAGGGGCUUUCGCCCAAGGGAGGGUUGGGCGGACGUUCGCUCCUCUCAAGAGCCACCUGAGCUGCAGACGGACGCAGGGCCGUCUGCACCUGUUGUUGUGGCUGCUGUUAGUAUCUUCUUGGGCCUUUUCCUUUAGCUGAGGUGUUGCGUUGCUGUGUGUGUGCAUGUCCCCCACCCCACCCCCAAAAGAAAUGGGGAUCCUUGCGCCAUUGUUUUGCGGAAACGGCUGGGUCUUGCCAUGAGAUCAAAGGAACGAAGGGUGUGUGUGUGUGAGUUCCCUGCCUGUUCUGCUUCCAAAGGAACCCAAGUGUUUGAACGCAGAGAUGGGAGUCCCGGCCUGCCCAGGUCAAGAGCGAGCACUUCUUUUUGCUUUCGUGAAAUGUUCAGAACUCCACCCACCCAAAAAAUAACGGAACGGCUUGAUGGCGGUCUUGCUGAUAGCAGAAAUGAGCUGGCUGGCAAGGGACCUCUUCUCCCCCUGUCCUGGGAAGCUUCCGAGACUUUUACAUUCGCAUUUCCAGCCAUCCCCUCUCUGUCCCUCUCCUUCAAUCUCUCAUCACCUCACAUCUCAACUGCUGUGAAAUUUGCUCGUUCACCCCUUUUGAAUGCAUUCAGCGCCUGCUUGUUUGCGGCUCGCAAGUCUAUCUGGUGGGCUGUAGCCCUCGGGCGGGCAAUGCCCCGGGACGGCGUCCUGCUUGGGGAGCAAGUAACAACUUUGCAGUGCGGAUGAGUUGCCUCCCCACCCCCACCCCAUGGCAGAUGCGCUCUGGCCUUCUAGCUGUGCGGCUGCAAUCCACCAGCCGCUGGGCGUCAUCAAAAAGACUUCUCCGACGGCCACGCAGGCUGGGGCUCGUGGGAACUGUGGUCCAACCCCUAAGGAGGUUUCCCAAGUCGGAAAAGGCUGUCGUAGAGUUGGCUCUUCAUGGCUUCAUAGCUCGAAGUCCUUAUGCCUGUGGUGAGCCUCGGUUGCCGCAGAAAAGGCCCCAGGCUGCUUUCAGCCCUCUCUCCAGAGUGAGGAAGGCCUCUGGCACAGCCCUCUUCUCACGCCUCCCAAGCGCCUCCCACCCCGCGUGAGACGAGUCAGGGUCAAGUCGGAGCAAACCGUUGAGAUGCAAGUGGAGAGGCCGACGGCUGUCCUUGGAGGGAGCAAAAGGCCUCGAGGCACCUCUUUGCUGGGGCGCAAGCAGGUAGAACCGAUGCAUCUGACCCUUCGCCCCUUUAAACCCAACUGGUUCCGCAAUUUGAGCGUAGAGGCUCUUGUGCAGUUCAGGGCAGUUCUGGGCUUUGCCUGCUCGGGGACCUCUUUGUGCUGAAGAUAACUUUGGUUCAGGAAAAUAUUUUUGCUUGGGAGGAUAAACUCCAUGAAACUCAGCAGAGAGAAGUGGGUUUGGGACGAGGUUUUGUGUGUGUGCGUCUUCGAUGCUUGCAUUCACCCGUUUCCCCUCCUCUUUAAUAUCUCUGAAAAUCCAGUUGUCCAACAAAAAGGGGAAAUGCCAUUAAUAAGGCAAAUAUUUCCCCCAAAUAUUCCUCGGGGGUGGAGGUACUGGUCCGUUCACCCUUGUGUCGAAUCUGAUGGCACCAAGGGAAAAGCAGUGCCUUUCCUCGUACAAUGCUCCCUUGGGUCACCGUCUCAAUUUCGCCACAACUGUGUGUGGGGUAUAUGUGCAUUUGGGGAAAUACUGAAUAUACCAGAACGAUGGGAAAACGCUGCUGCUGCUGCUGCUGCUAUUCCUGCAGAAAAGAAAACGCCUUUUUCGUGUGUGUACAAAACAGUUGGAACCGAUUUCGCUUCUCCCGACCCGCAUCAAGAUAUUGCUUCUCACACUCGAAGGAUCCAGGGAGCGAAGCGUGGGCCAUUCGCAUGACUGAACGUUUCCUGCAGACCUUGCCUCCUUUCCGCGGUGUUCCUACCAGAAUUUCUUUCUUCUUUUAAUCUGUGUGAAUUUUGUGAAAUACGAGGGUGAAGGAAGCUAAGCGAUUCCUCGUAACUGAAACUCUAAACAGACUACAGGGCAUUUCAAGAAUGUUGAAUUCACCGGUUUUUAUUAAUCUUAUUUUUCAGAAGCCCAUUCUAGUGCUUUCUAACCUGAGGAUUCUACCAUGGCUGACCUGUAGCUCUGAGAUGUAAAAUAGUUUUGUUUUGUUUUUAAAAAAAUUCUAGCUAAGGGCUGUGCCCAGAUGAGCUCACAAGCACGAAAACUGUUAACCAAAUACCCCAUUCCCGCCCACCUUGGCCAUCUUUUCUUAUUGAAUUUGCUAUAAAUGUUGCAGGAGAAGGUCUAACGUUUUAAGCCUAGAUUUUAACACUUCUUAGGAAUUCGGCAACAUUGCACUACAAUAGAGAUUGUGGGAUGCUCUUUCUGGCCAUAUCACACCACAGCCUUCGCCAACAGGAUGCCCUUCCCAUGAGUCAUACUACAACUCCCAGGGUGGGAUACUGGGAGAUGUAGUCCAACACACCUGGAGGGCACUGGGUUGGUCAAGGCCGGUGUAGCGCAUCGCACAUCUAUGCUUGUUCAGAGUUGACGUGCAAAAACGAUUGUGUCAUAAAUAGGUAGAAACGGCUUAGCUGAAAAGGCACACAACGGCAGUCGUCUGUCUCGUAGAGUUUGAGGUGGGCUCAGUACGGCUUUCCUCAAAUAGGGAGCUACAAACCCCUCGUCCUCCUCCCCAGACAAUGCCUUGCAUGUGUGCUUCUUGAAGCGGAGAGGAAAUAUUUUGCCAUAGGAGAUUUAAGAAAUUAUUCUGCCCCUUCCGUAGCUUGGCGUUUCACGGUUAACGGCUCAUUCUCCGCGUUGCAAAUUCAGGACAAUAGGAAAUAAAACUUGACGAAUUGGCUGAA